AAAAUAAAAAUAAAAGGAAAAAAUCAACACCAGAGGAGGAAGCAAUUCCAUUUCAAGAUUUGUUAAUCUCAGAUAUUAUUUGAGGUUCUCUGGUUGAUACUCGCCAUCUGGGUAGUAGUGAGUGCGCUUCGAUCCUUCUCUUCCAUUAGAUCCGACCUGUUAUGAGUCUGCUAAUCCACACAUAGUUGAGAAUUUUUAACCUUUAAUCCGAGGAAACUUUUAGAAGAAUUAGAAUGAUGGCACCAAGUCUGGAAUCUAUCAAAGGCGGUGGUGGAUCAAUCAAAGUUGGGACGACAGGUACUAUAAGUAACCUAAUGUUGAGAGAGCUACAAUCUGCAAAAUGUGUGUCUCAAACACCAAUUACCAGAAACAAAACAUCACUGGCUUCUGUUUCAAUCCCAAGUGGACCUUCUACUCCCAGAAAACUAAAGCCAAGAACUUCACCGGGUGAAGCCAGCAGUAGCAGCAGCAGCAGCAACCAAAGCAAAAAUCUUAAGAGCAGUUCUGACAUUGCUGCUUCCUACAAAGGAAAAUAUCAAAACCGGACAAGCCAUCACAUACCCAUGUUGAAUUCUGACAACAUAUCGUUGGAGGCCACUCCCAUAAGGCAAAAUAAGCCGAAUAAGAAGGGAGCUUACAUGGUGGAAGUAGUUGACAUAAAAUGUGGGAACCCAGAUAAGGCAUGGGCCAACCCGAUAACAAGUCGACUGAAGAAGCUUGGUUUCUCCAAAUUGUCUGAAACUAUAGCCUAAGAAGACACACCUUCAACCAUUGAUAGUCCUUCAAGAGAAAUGUGGUUAGGUAUAUAUAGUUGUAACCGUUGAUGUUGUAUGAUUGAAACCUUAAUUUUUCGAUGAAACUCUAUGAUAUUUCUUCCUUAUUGAGAGGUUUAAUUCUACUA